GAGAAGCAGCUGCAUGCAGGCUGAAAUUACAACCAACCACUCCAGAUUCUUCUUCUGUGUAUAUAUAAACAUAUAAGAGAAGAAGCAGCAGCAACCGCAAAUCCAAUGCAAAUAAAGCUAGUUCUCGGCCUCUGCGAUCGAUAUGAUCCAUGGCCUCCCCAUCGCCACGCCGCCAUGCCCUCCCUCCGCCACGCCACCUUCGCACGCUCUCCUCCACGCUCGUCCAAGAGAGCGUUGCCGCUGCCGCCGCGCUCGUCCAAAAGUGGCACCCCGACGACGACAGCGGCUCCCUCUUCCUCCACGCUGCGGAGCACGAGGCCCAGCGCUUCCUGCGCGCCGCCGCCGACCUCCACCGCGCCAUGCUCUUCUUCGCCUCCAACGUCACCCACGGCGGCCACGGCCUCGUCCAAGCGCAGGCGCUGCUCCUGACCGCUAUGGGCAGGCUCGACCUCGAGCUCCAACUCCUGCUGGAUGACAUCACCCAAUCCGCCGACGACGCCACUCGCAGCAACAUCCGCGCCGUUGCGGAGGCCAUGAUGGCCGCCGGCUACGGCAAGGAGUGCAUCUCCACAUUCAAGUCCCACCGUCGCGCCGCGCUGGCCACCGAGCUGCAGCGUCUGCUCGGCUUCUUGUCGCCUCCUGACCACUUGCACAAGCUCACCUGGGAGCAGCUCGACGGCAGCAUCAUACCCUCCUGGCUCGCCGCCGCAACCGUCGCGUUCAACUCCCUCUUCGCCGCGGAGAAAGGCCUCUGCGACGCGGUGUUCGCCGGCGGCAACGCGGCUGUCGGCGAAGCGGUGUUCGCGGCCGUGGCCAACGACCAGGCCACAAGCCUCCUCGCCGUCGCCGAGGCCGCGGUGGCACGAGCAAGGCGCGCCCCGGAGCGCCUGUUCCGGGUGCUCGACGUCCACGACGCCCUUACCGAGGUGCUGCCAGGGCUCCUUUCCGUGUUCGGUGACAGCUCCGAGGUCGCCGCCCGCGCCGCCCUUGUGGUCGCCAAGGUCGGCGAGGCUGCGCGCGGGAUCCUGGGCAGCUUGGAGGUGGCCAUCCAGAAGGAGCCGUCCAAGGCCACGGCGGCCGGCGGCGCGGUGCACCCGCUGACCCGCUACGUGAUGAACUACCUCGUCUUCCUCGCCGACUACCAGGAGGGCCUUGCUCUUCUUGUCUACGACGACCACGAGCAGGAAGCAUCGUCGUCGCCGUCGGUAAUAAUCCAGCGCCUGGUGUCGGCCCUGCUGGGCAAGCUGGAGGCCAAGGCCGGCUGCUACCGGGAGGUGGCGCUGAGCUACCUGUUCCUGGCGAACAACACGCAGUACGUGGCCAACAAGGUGGUCGGCAGCGGCAAGCUGCGGGGGAUCCUCGGGGACGGGUGGGCGGAGGCGCAGAGCGGCAAGGCGCGGGCGCACGUCGGCGUGUACGUGCGCGCGGCGUGGGGCAAGGUGAUGGCCGCCAUCUCGGGAGCCGAGGCGCCGGAGGCCGUGGAGCAGGCGGUGAUGGAGGCGGUGGGCAUGCAGGAGCAGUGGGUGGCGGCGGACGAGGAGACGGGCGAGGCGUUGAGGGCGGCGGCGACGGCGGCAGUGGUGCCCAAGUACAGGAUGUUCUACCGGCGGUACGGCGCGGCGGUGAGGCUAACGCCGGGGGACGUGACCACCAUGAUCGCCGCCCUCUUUGCCGGGCCGGUGGGAUGUAGCAGGAAGAUGAUGUCCGAGCUCGAUCAAUCAGUGCCGAAGGUGGAGGAUGAAAUCAAUCAAAGAAUAGUAUUACUGGCCGGCCGGCCGGCCGGCUCUCUUUUAUUUGACAGAUUCUGCGGCCUCGCUAGCUGUUGCUGGAUCAUAGCUCAGACACACAGACCAGACAGCAAGCUGAGGUCGCAAAUUAGCAAGGGAUCAACUAGGUCAAUCUACACUAUUAUAUUGGAGAUCGAAUUACUUGCCCCCUUUGCAUUGCUCAGCUCUAAUAAUCAUGUAUCAUAAGCACAUGAUAUUAUAAACUCGAUCUUCACCAUCUUCGCCUAACAGU